AUGAACCACCAGAAGAUUCAUACAGAUGAUUUUAUUAUGGAUAGAGGUAUUCAGAUAGCUUCCCGCUGUUCGCUUUGGGGUGAGGCGUCCGAAACUUUUCAUCAUCUCAUCUUCAGCUGCAAGUUCUUGAGUCAUAUUUGGAAGUGGAUUAUGAUUAAAUUUCAAAUCAACAACAAUCCUAAUUCUAUAAUUGGUUGGCUUGAUCUCUCAGCUGUCGUAACAAAUCCCCGCAGGCUGCUUUGGUUCAUUGUGCUGCGGUCAUCAAUAUUCUUUUCAAGAUUUGGCAAGCGAGGAAUUAUACAAAGUAAAAUCUAG